CUGAAACAUACCACAGAGAGGGAGAUGAGGAGCAUGAAAGGGGAAGUGGUGCUCAAUGUUCCUGCCGAGAAGGCCUGGGAAAUGUACACAGACAACGAAAUUAUUAGCAAAAUAAAUCCGGAAAUGCUUGCCCAAGCUGAAUACAUCAAAGGAGAUGGCAGCCCCGGGAGUCUUGGGCGUUUCAAGCUCGGCCCUGGCGUCAGCAAAUACGUGAAAGAAUCAACUCAGAAGAUAGAGAAGGUGGAGAAAGGGAAGUCGGUAACAUAUAGUGUAAUUGGAGGUGAUCUAACUAGGAUGUAUGAACCAUAUAAGGUUACCUUCUCAUUUAUACCAGUGCAAGGAAAAGAGAAGGAGAUGUGCGUGGCUGAAUGGAGGGCAGAGUUUGAGGCAUUGACGCCGGCAACGCCUCCACCAGAACAGGCGAGGGAUGCAGCUCUGGGUUUCCUCAAGUGGUUUGACAAGUUUGAGCCAUGCUUCUAGCUAGCCACCUUAAAUAAAUGAGCCAUGUUGAACUAUAACAUGUACUGUGCUACUUUGUGUUUUAUACUUUUAUAUUACAACUCUGAUCAUAAAAAUUUCUUAAUGAUCAAAAGCUAUAUAUGUUAAAAGUACA